AUGAUGGAGCCUCAAUUAUGGGAUUGGAUCUCGCCUCUCGUGAUCUCCACCGCUCUCGUGAUCUCCCUCGUCUUCGCUUUCUAUGGAUUUUUCCCCAAGCCGAAGCGGAACAGUGUCAGACUAAACCCUACAACUUCCAGGUUCGAUCACGAUCGGACCGUUUCUACCGUCACCUCAAACGUCGGAUCCCUGAAUGCUAGCGGCGGAGAUACUGUCGCCGACGUUAUCGUUGUUGGAGCCGGUGUCGCUGGUUCUGCUCUGGCUUAUACUCUUGGAAAGGAUAAUCGCCGAGUUCACGUGAUUGAAAGAGAUUUAUCAGAGCCUGAUCGCAUUGUUGGGGAGUUGUUACAACCUGGUGGCUACCUCAAGUUACUGGAGUUGGGAAUUGAAGAUUGCGUGGAAGAAAUAGAUGCUCAGCGGGUGUAUGGUUAUGCACUUUUUAAAGAUGGGAAACGCAUUCGCUUAGCUUACCCCUUGGAGAAGUUUCACACAGAUGUAUCUGGAAGAAGCUUUCACAAUGGACGCUUUAUACAGAGAAUGCGGGAGAAAGCUGCUACACUACCCAAUGUUCGGCUAGAGCAAGGAACAGUUGUUUCUCUUCUAGAAGAGAAUGGUACUAUCAAAGGUGUGCGAUAUAAGAAUAAAGCAGGGGAAGAACUAACAGCAUUUGCAGCUUUAACAAUAGUUUGUGACGGCUGUUUUUCAAACCUGCGUCGCUCUCUGUGCAAUCCUCAGGUCGAGGUACCUUCUUGUUUUGUCGGGUUAGUUCUCGAGAACUGCCAUCUCCCAUAUGCAAACCAUGGACAUGUCGUCUUAGCAGAUCCAUCACCAAUUUUGAUGUAUCCAAUUAGUAGCACAGAGGUCCGGUGUCUGGUCGAUGUUCCCGGUCAGAAAGUGCCUUCUAUUGCAAAUGGUGAAAUGGAAAACUAUUUGAAGACUGUUGUGGCUCCUCAGAUGCCUCCUGAGGUCUUUGACUCUUUCAUUGCUGCGAUUGAUAAAGGAAAUAUCAAGUCCAUGCCAAACAGAAGCAUGCCGGCUUCUCCUUAUCCCACUCCGGGCGCUUUGUUAAUGGGAGAUGCCUUUAACAUGCGACAUCCUUUAACGGGUGGAGGAAUGACAGUUGCAUUAUCUGACAUUGUUGUUCUGCGAAAUCUUCUUAGACCGCUGCGAGACCUUAGCGAUGGUUCCAGUCUCUGCAAAUAUCUUGAAUCAUUUUACACUCUGCGGAAGCCAGUGGCAGCAACAAUCAACACCCUUGCGAAUGCUCUUUACAAAGUGUUCUGUUCAUCAAAGGAUGAAGCAAGGAACGAGAUGAGACAAGCAUGCUUUGAUUAUCUAAGUCUUGGGGGCAUGUGCACAAGCGGACCUGUAUCUUUGCUUUCGGGUUUGAACCCUCGACCGUUAACUCUGGUGUGCCAUUUCUUUGCGGUUGCGGUUUAUGGAGUCAUACGGUUGUUACUCCCAUUCCCUUCCCCAAAACGCAUGUGGCUUGGAGCCAGAUUGAUCUCGGGAGCAUCUGGGAUAAUAUUUCCGAUAAUAAAGGCUGAAGGAGUUAGGCAGAUGUUUUUCCCAGCAACUGUACCUGCAUACUACAGAGCUCCUCCUGUUAAAGGCGAAACCAAAUGUUCAUAG